AUGGCGAUCAAAGUCAUUUCACUCUUCACUCUCUUCUUACUCACUCCAUCUUUAACCGUAGAUGAUGAAUCCGUCCUCCCGAAAUUUUCAUUCAGUUGGUCGGACGACAAGAACAAGUUUAAAUCUGGAGAAGUCGCUGUAAUCUCUAUCAAAGUUCUUGGAAACUUCGAAACCAAUGGGAACGCUUCGUUAGGACAAGGAGCGUUUAAGCCCACACUCACAGUCAACGGCAAAACUGGUAACAGUACGUACAUCACUGGUGUUUCGCUGGAUCUUGGUGACGAUGUUAGCACGUGGAAGAUUUCUUUUAUUCCCAUCAUGGUUGGAGUUUUCAACAUCAUUAUAGACGAUGAAACUUUCAAAGUCUUGGAUUCUUCAUUACAUUUUGAAGUCCAGCCAGGGUUAAUGCACCCAUCUGUAAGUGUUGUGUCAUGGAUGGGACUAAACAACGUGUUUGAAGCUGGGAUGAAUGCAUCCAUCUUGAUUCUUCCAAUGGAUGCAUUUGGAAACAACAUUUCCUUUUCCGGAAAGGAGAUGGAGAUGGAGCUGCAAGGGUUUUCCUUGUCUCUUCUCUAUGAAAACGGUUCAUUUGCUACCAUUUUUAAUACAACACACAUCAGAUGGAUGGAGUCUGGUUAUAUCUCCAUUGAAUUUGUUCUUGUCACCGCUGGAAAAUUCUUAUUGCUUGUGGAGAAAGAAAGCCAAACACUGAAUGGUGUUCCUUUACCUCUAGUGGUUAAUUCAGCAGGGUCUCUAGAUGUUUCAAAUUGUGUGAGCAUAUGGAAGUCAGAGCUAAACACAUGGCAGAUAUUUUCCAAAAUGGAGAUCCUAUUACACCAGAGAGAUAGGUUUGGAAACUUAGUUUCCGGAUUUUACGAGUUUGAUGCUGAUGUGGUUGGGAAAGAGACUGGUUUGUCCAUACCAGUAGCAGAUUUCCAGUUUAAGUAUGUAGAGCCAGGGAUUCAGUUGAUGUCUUUCACCUUGUCUGAGCCAGGAAACUUCUUACUCACUCUUUCUGAUAUGGAGCACAAUAAGAGCAUCUCUAGUAUGCCUUAUGAGUAUACAGUCAAUAUAGGUUAUUGUGAUGGGUUAAGAAGUAUUGUGAAUGGUUCAGGGCUCAAUGCUUCUAUUGCUGGAGAGUCUCUUGACUUCUCUAUUUACCUUAAAGAUGCUUAUGGUUAUCCCUCAUCAGUCCAAGUGAAUAUACUUCUGGUUCAAAUCAUACAAGAGGCUGAUUCCUCUUAUGUUUUGCCAACUAUAAAGCCAAGAGAGACCCUUAAUGCUACCAAAGUAUCAAGUCACCCAGUUUCCUUCUUACCGGCUUCUAGCAGCUUACUUACUCAGGCGAGUAUCUUUGAUGUAACUUAUACUCCAAAACAGAGUGGAGUUUAUAAGAUCUUUAUAUCUUCUGGAAACAUAGUUCUCAAUGGAGGCCAACCUUUCAUCAAGGAAGUAAAAGCAGGUAUGAUCAGGCUCCAAUACCGCGAUUUAGACAACUAUAUAUUCGUGUUUGUGAUUAGUACACUCUUUUCUUUCUCUUUAGGUGAAGUGAAUGUGGCAGCAUGUAGUGUGACACAAUUCAAUGCAAAAGUGCCAAAUGCAAUCAAGAAUGAUAUUGUGGUCUUACUAGUGGACAGCUUCAACAAUCCUGUACCUUCACAGCCAUCUCCGUUAAAGCUGGAGAUUACCUCAGCUAACACAUCAAGUUUCACUACAUGGAAGUUUGUUGAUAACACUGAUGGGACAUAUACUGGUAGCUAUCUGGUCAUGGAUGUUGGUACUUACCAAAUGUGUGUGUCCUUUGACGAUAAACAUAUCCAGCCUUGCCCCUUUGACAUCAAUGUAUACAGUAGUGGAUACUUUCCAAAGGCGUAUGAUGAUGAAGUUAACGUGUGGGAAGAUGAGUCAAUCUCUUUCUAUCCUCUGGAAAACGACUACUUUGCUGGGGACAAUGCUUACAUUGUUGGUUUUUCACAACCAGGUCAUGGUUCUCUUCUGAGAGAUGGAAGCCUUCUUAGAUACACACCAAUCAGGGACUUCUCCGGAAACGACUCUUUUCCUUACACAAUAGUUGAUAUCAAUGGAAACUUAGGGAUAGCUACAGUAUACAUCCUUGUUCUUACUGCUCCUCCUCAGUUUGUUUCCUUUUCUGGAGGAUUACAAGCAACUGAAGAUCUAAUUAGUCCUAGAUCAGGGCAAGUACUCUUCAUUUUCUUUGUCUUUAAUCUCCACUUUUCAGGUAUAGUAAUCUUAUUCUUGAAUGUUUAUUACAGUGGCUUCUCUGGUCUGGAGAUAAGCUACUCAGACAAGCUGGAGAACAUUUCAGUUACAGUACAAGCACUUUCAGGAUUGGUCAUGCUGUCUCCAAUGCUGAUGCAGUUUAGGCCGCCUGGUAGUGGAAGACUCUCAGUUAGAAAUGGUGGUGAUGAUGGAAGGCUUUUGAUCUUAGAAGGACAAAUAGGAGUUAUCAAUCCUGCACUUAAGUCAAUACAAUAUCUAGGGAACGAGAACUUUGCUGGUGUUGAUUCUCUUCGGCUAACUACAAGGAACAAGAAUGGGAUUAAUCAACUGGAUGUUCCUGUCUUCGUUGAACCAGUCAAUACUCCACCGUUUAUUAAUGUUCCUAACUAUAUAAUGCUAGAGAGUAAUGGGACAGAGUCACUUAUCUUUCACAAGGAAAGAGACAAGUUCAACUUUUCAGUUGGAGAUCCAGAUCUUGCUAGUUUCCCUGGUGGUGAAGCUCAUUUCUUAGUAACGUUUUCUGUGGAGGUUACUGAUGGGUCUCUGCUGACAAACUUACCAUCUGAGCUUAUAAACUCAUCAGAGCUAAAGUUCAAAAACUUAUUCAGGUGGCAGCCAAUUCAGACUUAUGCUGCCAUUUCUAAACACGUGAAUGUUAAAGCCAGUGGGAUCAGGUUUCGUGGAACAAUAAAGCAAUGUAACGACAUGAUGCAACAUCUGCUUCAUCACGGAGGAGAGAACGGUGCUAUCUUGACCUUGAAAAUGAGUGACAUGGGGAAUUACGGGUGCUUUCUUGAUUGCACUGAGAGAAUUUCACUGCCUUUACACGCGGUGGCUCGUGUAAACCUUAUUAGAAAGAGACCCUUAAGUUCCCUUGCAGCUCACGUUCUAGGAUCUGUGAUAGUGGUGGAGUCUCUUGUGGUAUUCUCUCUUGCUACUGUGCUUCUUUUCUUCACUUGCAAAUGCGCAUUUCUUCUCCUACACGAGAGAAGAAGCCAACAUAGUGUUCACAUGAAUCCGCAGAAACCAACGGUGGGCAAUUCUGAAUUGUUAAAUGAAAAUGUUUCAGCAAGAAGAAUCACUCGUUGUUUCCCGGAGAGUAUGUGGAAUAGACAAGUUGGCGAAACUUCAGCUAAGCAGAAGAAGGAGUUGCCAGAGAUUAACAUUGUUCCGUUCGAGCUAGAGAAAGGCUAG